AUGGAAACCCUAGAAGACGAUAUGCAACCGGCGACCACAACAAUGGAACGAUUGGCCAAGAAUACAAAGAUUUCAUUACCAACUGAAGUCCUCGAAGAGAUCCUCUCCAGACUCCCCGUCAAAUCCAUUCUCCGUUUCAGAAUCGUCUGUAAGCCAUGGCUCAGUUUCAUCUCCAACCCAUCAUUCACCAGACUCCACCUUUCUCGCGCAACCGCUGCACACCACACCGCCUUAUUCAUUCCCACCUUCUGUUAUUCCAGUCACAAACAACACUUUUUUUCCACCACCCGUGAGGGUGGACGCCUCACUCAUCUCAUGACACUCGACAAGGAUUAUACUAUUGAUAUCGCACAGGUUGAACAUUUGAACGGGUUAGUAUUUUGUAGCUCAUUAAAUUACUUAGCUAAAAGCAAUUUGGUUUAUACAUUCAUUGUUAACCCUGCCAUGCAUAAGACUUUUAAACUCCCGGAUCCUCCUGAUCAUUCUUUGACAAAUAACACUCAUGGCAUUGCUUCUGUCUGUUGUUUUUUUGGGUUCGAUGAAUCCAACAACGAACAUAAGAUUUUGAUGAUCAGGAAACUUCUUCAGCCUCCUACGUUAGAGUUUAUGAUUUUCUCUAUGUCAACUUAUUCAUGGAGAAAGAUUGAUGUGGAGCCUCCCAUUGGUUUCUCCUUGAUAAUCCGAACAAGCGUUUGUGUCAAUAGUGUGAUACAUAUGAUGCCUUUUCGCUCAGUUGACAUUUUGGGGUUUGACUUGAGAACAGAGAAGUUUACGAUAAUUAACACUCCUCAAGGUGUGAAGCCCCAUAAAUCCUCUUCAGAGUACACUAUACACAGGCAAACUUGGCCGAUAUCUAACAAACCUCGGAUCAUAAAAGUUAGUGGUUGUGUAGCGGUUGCUUGUCAUGAUCGUGUGGUAGAUACUAACAAAAUGCAUAUCUGGAUAUUACAAGACUAUGAAAACCAUGUUUGGGUCAAAGAAAUCAUUACAUUCCCUACGUCUUGGAUUGAUUUAGCCAUGCCUUACCCAUUAGAUUCUUUUAACAUGGACGAGAUCAUCUUUUCCUCAAGCAAGUUGCCUAGGAAUAAUGUGACCAAUGUACUUAUCUAUAACAGGAAGAGUAGAUGUUUUAGGACAUUACAAUUCACGUCUGAUCAUCAAAAGUUUUGCUCAGAUCUCCUGAAGUUUUGUGACAUCAGGUGCUAUGUUGAAAGCUUGCUAACUUUAUAGAGGAACAAAACAAGACUUGAUGAUCCCAUAAAAGUUCAUCCAUAGGCAAAUGUUAUCUUUUGAACUUUGAAGAAUGUUUUGGGUAUGAUGAAUUCUA